AUGAAUUCAACCCAAUCUCCCGCAUCCCACCACACAGAGAAAAGAUGCUUCAAAAAUUCCCAAGCGCUCCCAUGGACUGUGGCUGGGGCCUCGAUCCUGUUUCUCGGUGUCUGUUUCAUCACCAGAUGUGUUGUAACGUACCGUAUCUUUCAAAUUUAUGGGGAGAAAGAGUUACAGACACAUGAAACUAUUAAGGAGCUCUCCUGCUACAGCGAAGCAUCAGGUUCGGUGAAGACUUGCUGUCCUUUGAACUGGAAACAUUUUCAAUCUAGCUGUUACUUUUUCUCCACGACCACCCUGGUCUGGCCUUCCAGUUUAAGGAACUGCUCAGACAUGGGGGCUCACCUGGUGGUUAUCAACACAUUGGAAGAGCAGGAAUUCCUUUUUCGCACAAAACCUAAAAAGAAAGAGUUUUAUAUUGGACUGACCGACCAGGUAGUAGAGGGACAGUGGCGAUGGGUAGACGACACACCUUUCACGGAGUCCCUGAGCUUCUGGGAUGCUGGGGAGCCCAACAACAUAGUUUUGGUGGAGGACUGUGCCACCAUGAGGGACUCUUCAAAUCCCAGGAAGAACUGGAAUGAUAUUCCCUGUUUCUACAGCAUGCCGUGGAUUUGUGAAAUGCCAGCGAUAAGUCCUUUGCGCUAA